AUGCGAUAUCUCAGCAUUGCCGUAGCCGCCUUCGGGCUGUUGACGGUUGGCGAGGCCAAGUGUAAACCGAGGCCGAGCAACACCUUGGCCACCAACACUCCUGCUUCCUCUGCCACUCCUACCAGCACACCUGGACCCGAUGCUGCCGACUAUUACAUCGAUAACCCGAACUUCUCGCUCGGCCUGGCGUACUACACCCCCAGCGGAAAUGUUAGUUGGGUUGGUGAUGAUGGCUAUGAUGGUGACGGCUCCUCUAAGGAUGGUACUUGCGAGCUGACGACGAAUGGAAAUGAUGAUGAUAAUACCGAGGCCUCACCUGUUCAGAAGCGUGAUCUUACCGUCACCUCCAUUUCUGCAUCUGUCAAGAACCUCGUUGCCAACUCGCCUUACACCAUCUCAUUCCACUACCUCAUUCUCACUGCAAAGCCCGAUAACAGUUGCCGCCUGAGGGCCUACUUUAAUGGAAACAACUUCGCCAAUACUGAUCGAUUCCCCCUCACCCGCACGCCCAGCACUAGUUGGAGCCUGUUGAGCGGUACAGUGAUUCCCAGCUCUACUACUGGUACUUUUACGAUCUCGCUCAACUGCAACGCCCCUGGUUUCGCCGUCGCCUAUGUUGAUAGCCUCCGCGUCGUCAAGGGCGCUGCCGUUGUAAGUUCUACCGCCGCCCAGGUUUCUUCUUCGAGCUCGAGCGUUGUGGCCAGCUUGAGCACCCCUGUCUCCUCCGGCACCGGGGCUGCCAUCUCUUCCACCACGCCGGUCUCUUCGAACGCGAGCAGCAGCCAGGCCAGCUCUACCACUCCCGCUUCUGCUUCGAGCACUCCUUCAAGCAGCACUGGUAGCAGCGCCGACUCAACCACGCCUGCUGUUUCACCAAGCUCGGCUGCAUCCAGCAGCAGCACGCCUGCCAGCUCCCCUGCAUCGUCAACCAACACUCCUUCAAGCACACAGGUUGCUUCAACCACUGUUUCGUCAAGCACUCCGGCCGCUUCAAGCACCGCUGCUUCAAGCACACCAGUCUCCUCAAGCGCUGCUUCUUCUACUACACCGGUCGCUUCAAGCACUGCUUCUAGCACUCCAGUCGAUUCAAGCACUGCAUCAUCAGGUACUCCUUCAAGCGCUCCAGGUUCUUCAAGUACUCCGUACUACGCCUUCAAGCACCUCCGUGGCCUCCAGUACCACUCCUUCAAGCACCUCCGUGGCCUCCAGCACUACACCCUCGAGUACCUCGGUGGCUUCCAGCACAUCGCCUUCCAGCACGUCGGUGGCUUCCAGCACUACUCCCUCAAACGCGUCGGUGGCUUCCAGCACUACGCCCUCGAGCACGUCGGUGGCUUCCACCACUACACCCUCGAGUACCUCGGUGGCUUCCAGCACAACGCCUUCCAGCACGUCGGUGGCUUCCAGCACCACUCCUUCCAGCACGUCGGUGGCCUCCAGCACUACUCCCUCAAGCACGUCGGUGGCUUCCAGCACUACGCCCUCGAUACUACGCCUUCAAGCACUCCUUCCAGCACUUCUUCAAGCUCUGCGUCUUCCACUGCUCCUGUUUCGACACCUAGCUCCACGUCUACACCCAGCGCUACUCCUACCAGCUCAACCUUACCCUCCGCCACCGUUGAUAGUACGGUUCUCAUUCUUGCCAAGGAUGCCGCUACUGCUAAAUUGGCCAGCGAUGGUCUCAACGCCUACGGAAUUCCUUUCCAGAGCUUCAUCGUCGCCCAAGCUGGCUCUACCCUCCCGGUGCUCAAUUCCUCUUCUACAUCAGGCAACUAUGGAGGUAUUAUUGUUAUGAGCUCCGUUUCAUACGACUAUGGCGGUACUACGGGCUGGCAAAGCGCUAUCACCACCGACCAAUGGACUCUUCUCAACAACUAUCAGCUCAAUUUCAAUGUCCGUAUGGUCCGUAUUGAUGAGUACCCUGGAGCCUCCUUCGGCACCACCCCAGGUGCUGACGGAGGCUGCUGCACGUCUCCCGUCACCCAAAACAUCUCCUUUUCCGACACCAGCGACUUCCCCACUGCCCAACUCAAGGUUAAUGCCAAGGUGGGAACCGACGGUCUUUACCAUGUUCCUGCUACCAUUACCGAUAGUUCGACUACGAGAGCCGUCGCUGUGUUCACGCCUGACAGUGGCAGCACGGUGGGUGGUGUCGCUGCUGUCAUCAACAACUUCAACGGUCGUGAGCAGUUUGUCUGGUUCAUCAGCUGGGCUACCGACUGGUCUCAGACAACCAACUGGCUUCAACACGCACACAUUCACUGGAUGACUCGUGGUGUCUUCGUUGGUAAACGCAAGGUUCACUUGAACGACCAGGUCGACGAUUUGCAACUGUCCACCGAGAUGUUUUAUCCCCAGAAUAUUCCCGAGGUUAAGAUUGGAGUUACAGACCUCGAGGCUCACGUCGACUGGCAAACGAGCAUCAACGCUCGACUACCUACUGGUUCUGACUUCUGGCUUGAACUCGGGCAUAACGGCAAUGGCGAUAUCAUCAACUCGACCUUGACAGACGAUGAUAUGAACACCAACAAGUGUAAUCCUGUUGAUGCCGUUUACUGGGAACAAGAUGUUCAAGCCCCUAAUGAGUGGAGGAAGCCUCUCGGCACUGGUGAUGAUGUUUGGCCCACCGGUACCAAGUACGAGACAUAUUCUUGGUCGUUGACAUGCGCCAAGAUCGACCAGUUCGCCGUUUGGUUUACUAAAUCAGCCAAUUUGAACCACUUUGCUCAUCUUUCGCACACGUUUAGUCACAUGAGCUUGAACAACGCCACAUAUCACGAUGCCAAGCGUGAGAUUCAGUUCAACCAGGCCUGGCUUAAGCAAAUGGGAAUCGAUAAGGCCACUAGGUACACUGGCAAUGGUAUUAUCCCUCCUGCAAUCACUGGUCUAAACAACGGAGACUCCAUCCAGGCUUUGAUGGACAACGGUAUCAAGCACGUUGUCGGUGAUAAUACUCGGCCCGCAACCCGCAACCCCAACAGCGUCUACUGGCCUCUCAUCAGUACUUAUGCUACUAAUGGUUACGACGGGCUUACUAUCAUCCCCCGAUUUGCCUCUCGCAUUUACUUCAACUGCCAUACCCCUGACUGCACCACUCGGGAGUGGAUCCAGACGUCUGCCGGAAGUGGCGACUUCAACACCCUACUGGCCAUCGAAAAGACUUCUUCUACCCGCAACUUGCUCGCGCUUCAAUCUGAUCCUUACAUGUUCCACCAGGCGAAUAUGUACACGACUGGCAAUGACAUUAGGACUAUUGGAGACCAGACUCGUCGUAUGUCUCUCAUCAUGGCCUGGACUGAGACCAUUGUCCAGGAGAUGGUUCGUCUCACCAACUGGCCGAUGACCAGUCAAACUCAGGAUCAAAUGGCUACAUACUUCCUCAACCGUAUGACCCUUGAUGCUUGCAACCCGAAGUUGAGCUACGUUUGGAGCGAUAACGGAAAGACCCUCCAGAAGGUGAUUGUCACUGCCGACGGAAACACCUGCGCCACCCCUAUCCCGGUUACUAUUCCCAAGGGUAGUGUCACGGCAUCCGGAGGAAGUGUUACAUCUGACGUUGUCGGUGCCGAGCCUCCUAUCCAGUGGGUUACUCUCAAUGGCGCUCCAGUCACCCUGACUCUGAGCACUGCUGUCACUGCCACUACUGCUACGAGCUCAUAA